AUGAGUGUGGCGCUCGCCGCCUGUGUGGUACUGGUCUCGCUGUCUGCCGGGCUGCUGGCAGUCGCGGCGUGGCUGUGGGCAACCCGCCGUCGAACGUCGAUCCCAGGACCCCCGACACUGCCGCUGCUGGGAAACGCGCUCAUCUUCUACAAGCUGCCCGUACUGUGGGACCGCCUCGCGGAGCUGCACAGUCGCUACGGGGACAUCUUCAGAUUCUACGUGGGCCCGAAGCUGGUGAUCGUGCUGACACAGCCGGAAGACGUCAAGUGUGUCCUUUUGGGCAGCAAACCGCGACAACGCGAACCAUACGUUGCGGACGUACUCCGUACAUUUAUGGGAGACGGGCUACUCAGCAUCAACGGCGGAACUUGGAAAAGACACCGAAAGAACCUCGAACCGGCGUUCCAUAUAGAAGAGUUGGAGAAAUUCAUGGACAAGUUCAACGACGCUGGGCGCUUUUUGUGCGAGCUGCUGGCAGAAAAGAAAGGAACAGAGGUGGAACUGUACCACCCACUCAUGCACACUGCUCUUCGUUCGGUUGUAGCCACUAUUGUAGGCGUCGACUUGGAGUGGAUUUUACCAGGUCGGUUCCGGCAGGCUGAGGUGGUUGAUCUAGUGACGGAUUUCGGAAAAACUUUAUCGGUAGUAACACUUGCCGUUUCUGGCGUCGAGACGACUUCUUGCGCUAUGGGCUACGUGCUGUGUGCGCUGGGACUCUACCCAGAGUGGCAGGACCUGGCACAGAGCGAGCUGGAUGACUAUUUUGGAACUGGGGGCGACUAUUUACGAUCUGUGACCCCAGCAGACGUCGCCAAUCUUAAAGCUAUCGACGCCAUUAUGAAGGAGACUGGGCGGCUGUUCACGACGGUGCCCUGCAUGCCGUACCUGGUGACUGAGGACACACCGCUGUCAGGCGGCCGGCACGUCGCGCCCCAGCGCAGCACGGUGCUCAUAGCCUACUACCUGAUGCACCGCCACCCCGAGCUCUUCCCGGAGCCAGACAAGUUCGACCCCGGCCGGUUCCUGGAGGGCGGCAGCGCCAAAUCUAGAAAAGCCUACAGCUACAGCCCUUUUGGCAUCGGCGCGCGCAAGUGUAUUGGCAACCGAUACGCAGUACUGCAGAUGAAAGUCGUCCUAGCGACGAUUCUGCGGCGCUACCGAAUACUUCCCGGAACGAGCAGGGGGCAACUGGAAGAGAGUGUGAUCUCAAUAUCAUCUCACCCAAUCACUGGCUUUAGAGUCACUUGUGUCCCACGGGAAAAAGUACCCUCCAAUUCAGUGUGA